UUCGCGUGGAUCUGUGUCAGAAGUUUUACGAAAGCUACCGAUGUAUUGGGACUCGAGUCACUGGCGUACCACUUUGGUUCUUCUUCCGGGCGCAAUGCUUAGGGUUCUGGAGCGGCGGCCAUAGCUAGUGAUGCAGAGAUGCUGCAUUGUCAUUUUAUGAUGUCUGCUUGGUAUAGCUCUCAAGACCAACACGGUGACGUUGGCGUGGGAGAUUGUUGGGCACCCAAACGUGUAACGCCAGGCUUGACUAUAAGUGCUCUUCGCAGAGCGCCACAGCGUCUGCUGUCAAACAUGACAUGGAUCGCUCGUGUCCAGACAAAAUUCCUUCCCGGCGGUCUGUCAAACAUGUCGUUUUUCAUCUUCUGCGUUCUGGACUGUCCUCUGACCUCGACCGCCGGGCAUCGUUCCCUCGCCGUCGUAAUAUUGCCCUCUGCACUGGCUCGUGAUUUUCCUCGCCAGGCGCUUCAAUGGCAACGGUCAGAAGCAUAUCUCACUAUCAUGCUUGGGUUCUGCCUGAGGAUGAGGCGGAUAGUCACGAGCAGUGGGGUUAUUCGGAAUUCGAGGGCUGCAAUGGCAUCGGCUAGAGCGGUGGUUUGUCAGGCUUGCGUUCGGUAUGCACAGGACAUUUGCACGUCUGUGCUGCCCUAGGACUGCUCUGCUGGAGGUCGAGCCCGGCGUGUAUGAACUUAUACCGCCAGUCAACGUCAACACUUAAACUAUUUACCUCCCAUUUACAGCGAUUUGAACGCAGCAUUAAUAUUGAGAGGACGUGGGGCCCGAGCAAUUCCCGACCGCCACGGACACGCGACCAUUAGCUGCGGUGAUUGGCUCCCGUGCGGC